AUGGGACAAAACCAAGGCAAGGAGGGGGAGCUGGGGCAGGACAACGGCUCUGCAGAACCAGAGGAAAAGGGACCAAGCCCAGAGCCUGGGGGGCCAACAGAGGAAGGAAAUCCAAGCAUUGAGACUUGUAGUGUCGAAGCAGAUGAAGAGAAAGCAGCCAAUGGAAGGUUGGAUGAAAGCCCAGGAAGGGAGUCAACAUCACCUACAUUGGAUCAGGGUUUGGAUUCUCAUGAUAAGGUGUGUGCUCCCACGGAUAGGGGGCUGGUGGAGGGAGGCAAUGGAGAGAAAAAGGGAGAAAGAGAGAGUAGUGAGGAAGGCAGGGCUGAACCACUGGCUCCACAAAAGCUGAAUGGAAUCAGACGGUCUGAUUGCUGCACGCAAGGCAUAUGGGAGGCCACAAAUAGUGAACCUGCUCACAAGAGAGAGGAUAUGGAAAAAGCAGAAGCGGGUGAAACAACAGACUUUGAGAGUAAACUAGAAGACCAUCUAGAACACAAUCGAGUCAGACAGCAUCAGGAAAACUCUGGGUAUGUAAAAGACAAAAUGGAAUCUGUCUAUGGAGAUGAAAACAUGUUAAGAUCCCAAGAAGAGGACAGGGGGCUAGAGGCAGAUGUUCCAAAUGUUCCAAACAUAAAUACCAGCAGGAUUCUAAAAGCUGCCUCUGAUAAUGGUCUAACAAAAACAGGGCCUGUUGUGGUGACCACUGAGAUGCUGAAGAGGAAGGAUAUUCCAACACCAAUGGAUCCUGAAGAUACCUCACAUGCUACAGACAGACUAGCCAACUCAAAAGUCCACUUCCAAGUUUUUGUUUCCCCAACUACUGGUGAUAAUGUUAAGUUGAAGACCAGCGCAAUAAAAUCACAAGACAAGAGGCUGAUGAUUGAACCCAGCAUGUCAAGCCCUCUGAUGAACUUGCCAACUGAGACAUCAAAGAACAUUACUGAAGUAAUUCAGAAAGUCAAAGACAUAAAACAGGAGAACUCACCAGAGAAUCCAGAUAAGGAUGCAACAGAAACCCAAAACACUGAACAUUCCUUCUCCCUGAAGAACGUUGAAACCCAGGGGCAUACAAUGACUGAUGUAUGCAGAGUGAGAGAAAAAGCACUUCAGCCAACAGAUGAUGUCAUAAAGACCAGAUUUACUAGUUCAUUGUGGGCAGGUGCAGAAUUAAUAAACAAAGCCGUGAGUCUGGAACGAGAACAGACCCCAGAGGACCUUAGGCCCUUAGAAGUGGCAUCCAAGUCACCUCAGGGCCACAUCGAGAGCCAUCAGCAAAUAUUUGCAUGCAAAUUCAAACAGGAUGAGCAUCAGAAAGAAAUGCAAUUUGAUGUGUCAGACUUGGAGAGCGUUUUGACAAAGGAGUCUUCACUGGAGAGAUCACCUGCUGGAGGUCAAAAAAAUAAAGAUGGCAUGAGAGAGACUGAAGAAAUAGAUAAUCUGGAGUCUGCUUCAAAGGGUCUGCAUUGUUCCCAAGCAAUGAAAACUGAGAUUAAAGACCUUUCACUGCAUGGAACAGAAACGGAAGAGGGUUAUUGUGUGACAUCUAAUAUUGCCAGUGCAAUUAUACUGGAUGAAAACAAAACCCUGCAACAAAAAUAUGAAGAUGAGAAACAGAUUACAUCCUCUGAAGACAUUAUGGAUUCUCACCCCCCUACUAAAUCUAACAUUCAAGCUACUCAAAAAAAUGAAAUGGAGGAUUCCCCUCUUUUAGAGAAAGCCAAAGUACACACAGAAAAGUAUCUAGAAUGUUUUUUGGAUGUAAUUAAUUCACAGCCAGAAAUACAAACCUUUCCAGAGACAGUGAAAGAUGCUACACAUAAAUUGUAUCCAGAAUUUAGCUUUUCUCUUAGUACAGUGAUUGAUGUAGAUGGUGCAACUGAUCAGCAGAGAUUAAACACCAACAAGGUCUCAGUCAACAUGACGUCAUCAGAGAGAUUAAAUCCCAGCCAGACUAAUCAGAAUGUCAUCAAGUCAAACACAGAUAAGCAGAAGGAAACUUUUUCAACCAGUUCCAUCUCUGAGCACAUAGCUGGUCCUGAGACAGCUUCAGGUCUCAAAGAGGACAGGCCAAGAGUCACGCCACCUUUUUCAAGUGUGGACAAGAAGACUAAAGUUGAUCUGUCUGGUUCCCUUCUACUUUUACCAAAUGAGUCAACUCAUUCCAUAGUAAUCCUGACAGACGUAUCUGAUCAAGUCCAGGAUAUAUGUGAUGCAGGAGUUGCAUUGCCACAAAGCAAAACAAACACAUCUGCUUCACAAGAUGUGCAUCAUUCUGCCUCCAUGUGCAACCAAAUAAGUAUGCAAGCUAACGAGAAACACAAUAAAGAGCUGAACAAGCUGUCAACACAAGCACAGAUACAUGUGCUCACCUCUAACACUGAGGAGAAAAAUUCAAUCCAGCUUAACCUUCAACACGCAACAGAGGGCGGCUCUAACAUCUUGACUACAGAUAGUCCUGCAAAAAGCAUGGAAACACAACAAAGUUCACAGAAACGACAUGUUUCCGAUAUGAUAAAGGAAACUAUUGAAUUGCAGAAAAGAAUGAAGGAGUGGACCAAGCCAAUGGAGGCCCAGGUUGACCUGACCUUAGAUCCAACACAGUCUGUCAAAGUAUCGCAGAUGAAAGCAGCGUUUGAUCCACCAAAGCAAUCACCUGACAAAGCACUAGAGAGAAAAACGUCAGUGAGAAAAGGUAAGAGCAGUUCUGAGAAGAAUGUUGUUUCUGCAAUACAUUAA